AUGGAUGACCCUCUGAGCGAGGACAUCCUAUGCGAGUAUUGCCUCCGGUUUUUCCCGGAAGACCAACCGAUCAUCGAGUGUGCCGAGUGCGCGCAGCCGUUGUAUUUUUGCAAAACUUGCUUUGCAUAUGGCGUCGAAGCUGGAGAGCAUCAACGCGGGCACAACUACAAGGUGCACAGGCGGAAGACGAGGCAGAUCGUUAAGGUCGACCGACGACUUGGCUUUUGGGGCCAUGAAGAAGACAUGAAGCUUGUUGCCAGUACCCGGUUGACAAAGGCAGCGAAUUGGGCCUUCCUCGCCAACCAAAUCAACUUCACCGGACCGCAAGAGGCCCUCGCCGACCACUUCGACAAGUAUUUCAUUCGCGGCCAAAUUGGGCAAUUUGCCAGGGAUUUUGUGGAACUAAUGCGAGUUCUUCGAGUAGAAGGCUCAAGGUGGUGGCGAGAGGUGGAGUUCCUUGGAGAUUCUCUAAAGCUCCAAGUCAUCGUUCGGGCUUGGAUGGACACGAUCGAAGAAAUGGACCCGAAUAACGUCGAUGCGGUCGUUCGAGCUACUUACGAGUACAUGCAAAGAGCACGGCUAACCUACGAGAGCGUGAAGAUAGAUGGGAAAAAGAGACCCUACUUUGCCCAUUCCCCCUCCAGAAGACAGUCGAUGAUCCUAGAUGCGCCGGUGUUGACGAAGGAGGUUACGGUAAAAGAGGAACUGGCCGUCGACGUGUCGCAUGAAUGCUCUGAUGACAGCGAAACGCUAUCACCUCGGCGGUCUUCUAGAAAGAUCAAGAAGACUAGUCGCAUCCUCGGCAGGGAUCGAAAGAGGCUGUCGUUCAACGAGGAAGACGAUUCUCCAUUACGAGAGACCCCUCCCCGUCGUGCGAAAGCGAUCGAAGACGAUACGAGAAGGCGGAGAGCAUCCGGAGUAUCGAACUCCUCCUGCCAAAUGUCUCCACAAAUCGUCCAUGAUGACGAUUUUCCUUUUGUCAAGCCCCAGAUGAGGGAGAAGAGGUCAGAAGACGUCCAGAUCGCACUGAAGGGUAUCAAGGAAGAACCGAACGACUGCUCCUACACGAUCCCCUGCGAGUGUCCCGCCAACUUCUCAUCCCCUCAAACGUUCUGCGUGCGGUGUGGUUGGUGUCCAGCCGAGGGCCCACACCCCUACGAGCCACUCUGGUAUAUCGUCGAAAGAAAUGACGUUUGCUACGUCAUAAACACCGACGACAAGCUAAAAGCUGUCCGUUGUAAAUUCAGAAAAGAAGAUUCCAACCCAGAUCAAGUCCUCAUCGACAGUUUCGUCAAGUUCCCAAGACCUAUGUUUAAGCCACUUUCUCGCCAAACAUCAGUAACAAACCCAGAAAAGAAAAAGAAAGACAAAAAGGAGGAAAAGUCGAAGAACAUGAUGUGGUGGGCCAAGAAGGACGCCAAAGCCGCCGAGCUCAGCUUGAAGAUAAAGCCGCUGAAGUUGAUCCGAAGAUUUGAUGGUUCGUCUACGUCAUUGGAGCCUUCCCCGGAAGAUGGAGUCAAUGAGGAGGAGCUGAAGCCGGUCCCCAAGCUCAGGCUUAAGAAAGGAGCAUCAGUGAAGCUGGAUCAGAGCGUUGGGAGAAAGAUGAAAGUGCAGGAGCGGAAACGAGCUACAGAAGAGAGUGAAGACGAGGAGGAGGAACGAGAGGUGGAAGCUAACGAAGCUUCAGAACCACCGGCUUUGGAAUUAAUGAGCCCAAGUGGGGCGAAUGACGACGAGAGCUUCCAAGACUACGACGAGGACGAUAGGCCGUGUAAGCGGAAGCGGAAAAUGAGUCGAAAAAUGCGGGAAUCGAUCUAUGGAGAGGACGAUGAUGAGACCCCGCUAUCUUCCCCCAUCGCAAAAUCGAGCCCAAACAAGGCUGAAAUUGAUCAGGACCAGGAUGGGGAGCUUCAGAAGUUCUUUGAUGAGAAUGUGGAGGCCGAUGACCCCUACGCUCAUCUACUCGACAAUGUGGGCCCGGGCUGGGAGUCGAACGCGUCGGAUGGGGAAGACAUUGUCGUCAUCGGCGAGCAGAAACCGGCUCCGAUUUUCGGCUCUGGCCAGCGACUUCGGGAUCGGAGAGACUCGACGAACGCGCUAAAGAGGGUCACCCAAUCCAUCGAAAGUCGCGAGCUUAACGGGGACUACUGGAAGCCGGUAGCCACUUCUAGGGAGGAAAGAGCACGACGUAACAAUCGCACCCUCUCCCCUCAAAGCGCCUACAAACGGAGAGACUCCUUCGAUGACACGGACCUUGGCGUCAUUCCGGAGCUCGAAAAAGACAGGCUCAACGAUUCCCUAGCCUCUGAGGACGACUCAGAGCAAGACGAGGAAGAGGCCGCCCAAAUCAGGCGCAAAAUCCCGUUCCGAUACAUGCUGGACGAGGAGUUGCCGUAUAAAAUGGAGGAGGAGAUGCCUCCGAAGAAGCGGAUGCACAUUUUGAAAUCGGCAUCCGGGAUUCGGCCACAUUGGAGCAGUUCAGUGAUCACGUCGGCUUUUGGGAAAAUGGCGUUGGACGAUUCGAGCCGGAAUAGCGUUAAAAACGUGCUAAAAGCCGUCGACCAGAUGCACCGAUGGCGCAGCACUUUGGGUGAAGAGCCAAAGGACGUACUUGACGAUUUGACUAGACCUGCACCAUUUCCGGGACGCCAGGUCUUCUCCAACCUCCUCUCCGACCACCAACGUGCCGGCCAAGUCCUCUCCGGCAUCCCAAUCUCCUACUACAUCCAAGACAUCGAAGAAGAAGACCUCAACACGUCUUGCUACGAGGAUGGCGACUCUGACGGUGGCCUCAGCGAGCUGGUCACAAAGUCCGUUUGGUGCGACUCGCUGAAGAUGCCGAAGGGGUCGAUCGGGAUUGCUCAUAAAUACGGACCGGAUGGACAAGUGAAGGAGGAAUUCCUUUAUCCUGGAGACCAGGAAGGGGAUGUGGUGGUGAACAAGGUGGAGCCGUCAAGCCCGGACAAGAUGCGGAAGUUGAAGAUGAAGCAAAGCGAGGUGUGCGUCAUUGGGCUUCAGACGCAUCAGAAUCCGAACGUCAUCGUGUGGAACGUGGAACAACCGGAAGUGGCGGUGCAAGCAGCAAAUUCUAGCUUUGGUGAAGGGAGGAAGAAGCUGAUCUCGAACUUGUUGAACUUUGGGGAUGAUGCGACUGGGAAGGAUGUCCUCUUCCGCUACCUCUCGACCUCAAAACCAAAAGUCCCUCAAACCGUACUGGAAUACAAAACUGUCCUGGACAAAAAGUCAAACUCGAUCCAAUUCAAGUUUGAUUCCGGACUACGGGCAUCCUCCAAACUCUACGAGCCAUCCACGAGUACUCAGAAGGCCGAUGAGACGAUCUUGGAAUCCCGAAAGCUCGGAUUUAUCACCCCCAAGAAGAAGUUGAAAGUCUCGAAUCGAGCUGUGUUGAGUGAUGAUAGUGAUGCAGAUUCGCCGCCUUCGAAAUACCGAAAACCAUCCUCGACUAAGAAAGUGGCUACGGCGAGAGCUGUCGAAGAAAAGAUCGUCUCUCAAGGAUUUAACAAGAAGGAUCCGAGACGAAGGGUGAAACAUGAAUCCAGUUGCGUCGAUGAGGAAACCGAUGGAAUGAAGACACCGAAGCAGGAAAUCGAGUCUGCCACUGAAUCGAGUGGUGAUGAGAGCGAGAAACCAACGCCUUCUGCCAAGAAAACGCAACAGAAAAAGAAGCGGAAGAAGGCGUUGACCAAGACUGAACGCCGCCUCCACCAAAUCAAGAAAAAGCGCGAGAAUCUGCUGAAGCAGUCUGAAGCGGAAAGGGAUCGGAUUUACGAGGUCGUCGGAUAUGGCCGGAACCUCUCAGAGCUGGCGGCCGGCGGUCUACCAAGAUUGGCCCGGAUCCCGUUUAUCGAACCCGGAAAAGAGGCCUGCAAGGGGAAGAAUGACGAGAUGGACAUGUUGGCGUACUACCCCGGGCGUGUGGAUUAUGAACUCGAGCUCCAAAACGAGAUGGAAGAAGUAAUGAGUCGGACUCUAUUCAAAGACUACCCGGGGACCGAGCAUGAUCCGGUGCUUGAUAUGGAAAACGAAAUUAAACUAAUCCGCUCGGAACGGUUCAAUCGAGUACUCGCCGAGAGAUUAGCAGCGAAUCGAGCCAUCUUCCAGUACAACAAGAACAAGGAGUACAUGGACUUUUUGAAGAAAGUAAAUGAAGGGCGCAAGAAGCCCUCUGAAAUCGUAGCCGAGAAGUCCGGCGACGAAGCGCUUCUCUGUACAACCCAGCAGGUUUUGAAGCCGGAAGAGAUUGAUACUUUGGUGGAGAAGAGACAGAGAGCCAUCGAAGCCAUCGCCAAAGUCAAAGCCCUGCAAGCCCUCCAAAAACAAGGAAUUCUGGAGUAUGAUAAGGACGCUAGAGAGCAGGUCGAGCGUGCCGUCGAGGUCGUCAAGCCCAAGAUCAAGAAGCGCAAGCAUAGACCUAACAAAGCGAUUUCCCAGAAAAACAAUAAGUACCGACGAAGCGUCAAAUGGAACAAGAUGCGCGAAUUCUACAAGACU